AUGUCGAAGGUACGAGAUCAUGUACCGAAUAAAAAUAAUGGCGAUGAAAGUAAUUCUUUUGGAGAACCCACAAUUUUCAUUUUUUAUGACUUUGAGGCACAGCAAGAUAAAUCCAUGAAAACCGAUAGUUCAAUAAAUAUUCAUAAAGUAAAUCUCUGUGUUGCUCAACAAGUUUGCUCUUGGUGCAUUGAUGAACCAGACAUAACAAAACCUUGCAAUCAAUGUGGGUUGGUUAGAGAAUUUGUUUUCAAAGGAGAAAGAAAGGGUACAUUUCCUCAUUUAUUUAAUACACCUGAAAAUGAAAGCUAUUCAGGUACUUUACCAGAUAUUAAAUUUUAUUCGCCUGACACAAUGUCAGACACUAAACGAAAAGAAUUCAUUGAAUGUGAGGCUAAAACUAUAGCCUCAGCUUGUAAUAGAUACUACCGUAAAAUGUGUUUACAAGAAAACACAAUAGGUAUUAUUCCAAGAGGAGGUUAUAGAUUGAGAGAUAAUCACUCUCGAAAAUCUUUAGAAUGGCUUUUGUUCAUGGAACGUGAGCGAGGGGUUUCUAUUACUCACGCAGGUAGAGGUAGAGAAUACAGACUAAUUGAAGGACCGAUAGUUGAUGGUUAUUAUGAGCAUAACGGCAUUCGUUAUGUUUUUCAAUAUCAUGGAUGUUUUUGGCAUGGGUGUCCAGAAUGUUUUUCAACUAAUCGUGAUGUCAAAAUAGGUCAAUCUGAAACCUCUAUGAAUGACCGGUAUAAUCGGACUCUCGCAAUUCGAGAUAAAAUUAAACGUAAUGGGUAUGAGGUCAUUGAGAUUUGGGAGUGUCAGUUUGAUAGGGAAAUAUCAAAUAACGCAGAGUUAAAAGAUUUUUUUAAAAAUCACCCAAUUUUAAAGAAUAAUAAAGUACUAAACCCUCGAGAUGCUUUCUAUGGAGGUCGUACAGGAAAUACUAGAUCUUUUUAUGAGAUUAAAGAAGGCGAAAAAAUUGAAUAUAAAGACAUUUGUUCUUUAUAUCCGUAUAUAUGUAAAACUGGUAAAUUUCCUGUUGGACAUCCAAAGCUAUACAUUGGUGAAGGAGAAUGUAAACAAUUCACUGGAACUGAGUAUGACAUUACCAAUGUAGAAGGUUUAGUACUUUGUCAAAUUUUACCUCCGCGUGAUUUGUACCAUCCACUUCUUCCAGUUCGACAACACGGAAAACUCAUGUUCCCUCUUUGUCGUACAUGUUGUGAAACUCUUGAAUCGAGUGAUUGCACUCAUGAAGAUGAGUCAUUACGUGUACUUGAAGGAACUUGGGUUUCUGAUGAAUUAAAAGCAGCUGUAAAUCUUGGUUAUAAAAUAGUAAAAAUUUAUGAAAUCUGGCAAUAUGAUAUUGUACAAUAUGAUCCAGCUACUCGCGAAGGAAGCUUGUUAGUUUCUUAUAUAAAUAACUUUUUAAAAAUUAAACAAGAAGCAAGUUGUUGGCCAUCAUAUUGUACAGAUGAACAAUCUAAACUUAAUUAUAUUCAAAAUUAUGAACAGGAAGAAGGGAUAAAAUUAGACCCUAUUAAAAUACAUAAAAAUCCAGGGUUACGUUCUGUUGCGAAACUCUGUCUCAAUUCCUUCUGGGGCAAAUUCGGUCAACGUGAUAAUUUACCACAAACUACAAUUGUAGAAACACGUGAUGAAUUAUUACGUUUACUUCAUAACCCUGAGGUUGAGAUCAAUGACAUUGUCCCUGUAAACGAUGAUAUUGUCUACGUCUGUUGGGUAAAAAGGUCCGAAGCAAUAACACCUGCUCCAAACACAACUGUUGUUAUUGCUGCAUACACAACUACACAAGCUCGUCUAAAGUUAUAUAAUUACCUGCAUAAGUUGGAUAGACGGGUGUUAUAUUACGAUACAGAUUCUUGCAUUUAUGUAAACAGUGGUAAUCCUACAGAAUAUAUACCCCCUGUGGGCUCUUUGUUAGGAGAUUUAACGGAUGAAGUUGAAAAAGAUUACGGAGCAGGUAGUUAUAUUAAUGCUUUUAUUUCUGGCGGACCUAAAUUUUACGCCUACAGUGUUCGAAAAUCUGAUGGUACCGAGUCCACGGCACUUUUAACGAGGAACAAUAGUUGGUCCUACGUCGCAGGUGAGAAAAUCAAACCAGAGGUAAGUGGCGAUGGUGACACUCGCGUUCAGUCACAGGCAGCGCACGACAGAUGGGUCUCGGAGGAUCGUUUGGCAAAAUCCGAUCUAAUUAUAUCUACAUAG